AUGUCGUCACGCAAGGUCAGAGUCAAGAAGUUGAGUAUCAAAACUCCUCUUCCUGUGCUUAGAGAGGAUCAAAUCGAUCCUUCUGAGUAUGAAGCACUCAGUUCCGAAACCCAAAUUUCAACCGGUGUCGAACACGCCGAGGAAAAGGAGUUCCAUUUGCAAAGUAUUCUGAAGGAGACGGGAACCAGCAAUACCCAAGAAAUUCCCGUACCCCCUCCUCAAGAGAGUGAUAUCAAUUAUGAUGAACUCUACCCAAGUAACUUUCAUCAACCAUCCUCAUAUAUUCGGUUUUCUCAGACCGUAGAGGAAUGUAUCAGUUGCCAAUAUGACAUGAGCACCGAGGAUGCCGAAUUCCUCAAGUCAUACAAUGGCAAAUCCCCAACUGGCGGCCCGUUGUCCGAGGACGACUUUGAGCGAAUCAUGGAGGUCUUUGAGGAUACCGCGGCUGAGCAGACUCCAUUUGCAUCGGUAGACAAUACUAUUGUCGCCUAUGACAUGAUGGUUCCAUCACUCAACCACCUCGGUAGCACGACAAUACUCCAGCAUGCCAAGGCAAUCUAUGAGUAUUGGAGUAACGCCCGCCAGGAGAAAGGCAACAAGCCUUUGCACCCCACUCUUAAAUUUGAAAUUCACCAGGAAACAGACGAUACCGACCCCUAUGUCUGUUUCAGAAGAAGAGAAGCCAGACAGACCAGGAAAACCAGGGCUCGGGACAACAAGAUUGCCGACACGCUCAAGCGUCUUCGACGUGAGCUUGAAGAUGGUCGCCAGCUUGUGCUACUGUCAUUUGAGCGAGAAAUGAUGAAGCGCGAGGUCCUACACAUGGAUCGGGCCGUAUUUGAAGAGCGGGCAAGGUUGAAGCAGAUGAAGCUGAGGCUAGGUAUCAAGGGCGAGGACGAAGAUCUUGUAAACCAAAAGCCCCAGAAGCGAAAGGCCGCAGAACCUUCCAGCGUUCAAAGGCAACAGGCGGCCCAACUGCGGGCACCUGUCCGUUCAGAUGGUCGCUCAGUCGAACAGGACCUUGUGUUAUUGUCUGACCAAUUGGCGCAGAAGGAGAAUGAGCUCCGCGAUGAAAUCGAAAACAAGGUACAGAACCACCGCAGGUGGAACCAGAACCAUAUCGAUCUCACGAGAGAGCCGUUAUCACCAGUGAAGGAGCAAGGCACGGAGCUUAAGUUCCGACCCGCCAAAACCCAGUACCUGAUGACACCGCCGGCAUCCAUCUCCUCGGAAGAAAUGGAUGUGGAUGCAGUGCAACCUGAGCCCAUGGAUAUCGACAAGCCACAGCAGCUUCCAGUCUUCCAGUUCAAGGCAGGUGCUGCGGCUUCUCACGAUCAGCCACAGACAAACCAGCCCUCAUUCCGACGCCGCAUUGGUCGUCUGCAGCGGCUAUGGAUUGAUCGUAGAGGAAUGGCGACUCCUCCAAGGCAGGAUAGCCACGAUUAUUCCGAUCGGUGGAAGUAUGAUUCUGAUGACGAUGACGUCGAUCCUCCAGUGUACGAAGUCGAUCCAUUUGAUACGCGAGCACUCAAGUUCAGAGCGACGAUUCCGCUGAGCCCGUACAUGUUCCGCGGUGGACGACCAUCGAUCGCUCCAGAUGCAGCCCAUGCUGCGGCAGCGGCGGCGGCAGCCGCAGCAGCAAGUAACAGAACGUUACCACAGCCUCCACCGGCAGCCGCGCAAGCGCAAGCAGCGUCAUAG